UUAGAAACAGAAACAACCGUAUAUUGUUUUGAUAAAAAUGGGUGAUAGAACCAUGUAAUUUUAUUUAAAGUACUUACCGACUUUUUGAAAAUUUUGACUAUAUUAAAAUGUGUGAGGCUGUAGCAGGAAUUUUAAAUGAUAUUUUAAAAGUAGAAGGAAUCGAGGAAGCAUUUAGUUGUUUUCUAGUGCACAGGCUAAAUAAUGAGACUGAAAAGGUUACAUAUUGGCAACAAGAACUAAAUAAUGCCUUUCGAAACGCAAGCUCUGAGCAGUUAGAUGCAGCUGUAAGACAGUAUUUAGGCAUAGCGUAUGGGUGUUCUCAAAAUCACUUAAAAUUAUUGAUGGAACUCUUAGAAAGUUGUGUUAAAAGUGGAACACUACCUGCUAGAAAAGUGUGUGAAUUGAUUAUAGCUAGUGAACUUUUGCAACACAAUAACUCACAUUUCUGGGUAGAAUGUUUCAAAUUGAUAAAAAUAAUUAUUGAUUUGGUUGAAUAUAAGGGUGUCAGAGAAAUAAUGAAAGGAUGUUGUGAAAAAGCAAAAACACUGCCAUGGUCCUUAAACUCAGGCCUUCAACCUCAAACUCAAGCCCUGAUGGAAGUAGCACAAAAAAUAAUGGACAGAGAUGCCUGUUUACUGCCAGGAUAUUUGCUAGUAAAUGAGCUACAGAAGGCUUUCCCAGACUGCCCCCAUUGGAGACUGUCUGCCCUAUUUUCAGACUAUGUAGAAAGUUUUAGAGCUUGUGCCCAAAUGGUGUCUAUUAUUGGACAGACUGAAAUGAGGCCAGUUGUUGAACACAGCGGGUGUCCUGAGCAUCUGGUGAAUCCUUGGAAAUUAGAUCCACAAACCUUAAGAUUUGCUGUAAAAGGAACUUUACCUUACUCCCCAGAACUGCUAGAAAAGCAAACUGGCUUGUUGAGGUAUGUUUUGGAACAACCCUAUAGCCGAGACAUGGUUUGUGGCAUGUUAGGUUUAAACAAACAACACAAACAACAUUGUCAAGCCAUUGAAGAACAGCUGAUUGAACUGGUGGUGUUGGCACUAGAAAAAACAGAGGUUGAAGGUGAUGAACAAGCAACCCAAGAUCUUUGGCUUCAUUUAUCCUCACAGCUUAUUUACUUUGUGCUAUUUCAAUUUGCUAGUUUUCCUAGUUUGGUGAUGUCCUUGCAUUCUAGGUUGCAAGGGAGAGAUUUGAGAAGAGGCAGAGAUCAGCUGAUGUGGGUUCUGCUACAGUUCAUUUCUGGUUCCAUACAGCGCAACCCACUUUCCAACUUCUUACCAGUUUUAAGACUAUAUGAAUUGCUCUAUCCCGAAGAAGACCAACCUCUAUCAGUUCCAGAUUACAACCAACCACAAUGCACCCGCCAGAUGGCCAUGACCUGCAUCUGGAUUCAUUUGACUAAAAAAGCUCAAACUGAACAAGCCAAUAUUACUUGGCCAGUGCCUACAAAGUUGAGAGCACAUCAUGAUUUUUUGCAGCAUUUGGUUCCUCCUAAUAAUGCUGCACUUGCAAUGGGAAAUGACUACAGAAUUGCUUUAUUGUGCAAUGCAUAUUCAACCAAUCAGGAUUACUUUAGUAAACCAAUGGCUGCCCUUGUCGAAACAAUCCAAUGGAAGUGCUAAAUCGUCUUCUCCACCAACAGCCCCCCUCAGCAUGACAGUUUUAGACUCACUCACUGUUCAUUCGAAAAUGAGCCUAAUCCACAGCAUAGUAACACAUGUCAUCAAGUCAUCCCAGGCCAAAUCUGGAAUGCCACUCUCUCCAGCUCUAGUAGAAACUUACAGUAGGCUUCUGGUGUACACAGAAAUUGAAUCUCUGGGAAUCAAGGUUUUCUGAACCAGUUAUUACCGCAGGUGUAUAAGUUUCAUGCUUGGGGCACUUUAUAUACUUUACUGGAGAUGUUCAGCUACAGGAUGCACCAUAUACAUCCCCACUACAGAGUACAGUUGUUGAGUCAUCUGCAUUCUUUGGCGGCUGUACCACAGGCUAAUCAAACUCAACUUCAUUUGUGUGUAGAAUCGACUGCACUGAGACUCAUAACAGGUUUAGGUAGCAAAGACGUCCAGCCAGAACUAUCUCGAUUUCUAACAGAACCGAAAGGCAUAGUAUCCGCAGAAUCAGAGGAACUCAAUAGAGCCCUUAUCUUAACUCUAGCAAGAGCAACCCACGUCACCGGCACAGAUGGAACUUGGUGUCACGAAUUGCUAGCCACAAUCGCCCAAAGCACCCCACAUGCGUGGGCCCCACAGACCUUGGAGUGUUUCCCUAGAGCCAUGGCCGAAUUUUUCACUCAACAUGUCGUUCCUAAAGAGAACAAACAACAGUUGAAGAAAGCUGUAGAGGAAGAGAAUAGGAAGUGGGCGUCUAUGAACAACGAAAAUGACAUAAUGGCGCAUUUUGGAGUGCCGGGAGCUCCACCGCUGUUCCUGUGUCUUUUGUGGAGGAUGUUGCUCGAUACUAAUCAUAUCAGCCCCAUCGCUUACAAAAUUCUGGAACGAAUAGGCGCCAGGGCACUCUCAGCUCAUCUAAGAAAAUUCUGCGACUGCCUUGUAUUCGAAUUCAGCAACUCUCCAGGAGGCCAGCAUGUUAAUAAAUGUGUAGAUACUGUGAAUGACAUGAUUUGGAAGUACAACAUCGUCACCAUCGACCGCUUAGUAUUAUGUCUAGCUUUGAGAACUCAAGAAGGAAGCGAAGCACAAGUCUGUUCCUUUAUUAUACAGUUGGUUUUACUGAAAGCUUCUGAAUUUAGAACUAGAGUACAGGACUUCGUUAAGGACAAUUCUCCGGACCAUUGGAAUCAGACUAAUUGGCAUGAGAAGCAUUUGGAGUUUCAGAGGAAGUAUCCGGAGAAGUUUGCCCCUGAGGAGCAGAGUGGAGGAUACCAUCCUAAUUUUGGAAAUGUCUGUUUAAGGUUUCUCCCGGUGUUCGACAUUGUUAUACACAGGUUUUUAGAAAUACCUCAAGUCACGAAGAGCCUAGAAAUUCUGUUGGAACACCUAGGUUGUUUGUACAAAUUUCACGACAGGCCAGUUACUUAUCUAUACAAUACUCUUCAUUAUUACGAGUCUAAGCUCAGAGAGAGGCCACCGUUUAAGAAAAAAUUAGUUGCAGCUGUGUUGGGAAGUCUAAAGGAAACUUUAUCUGAACCGUAUCAGGCAUUCUUGAAGACCAAUUCCGAGGAAAUAUGGCUACCGGAACUCGAUUAUUAUAUCCAGAUGAUCAAGAGAGUAGUGGAAGUCAUCAAUGGUUCAAAUUCCAACUCUUCAACCGAUUGGAGGUUCAACGAAUUCCCCAACGCCGGUGCUCACAUCCUGUAUACUACCUGUGUUGAACUGAUGGCACUUUCCGCCGGUCCUAAAGCUAUAGCCAACGGAUUGCUUGAUGUGGUUGCUAAAGGCUAUGUAAUGAUUCCGUCCGCCGACAUUCACCAAUGGAUCAACGCAAUCGGCCUUGUUCUCUCGGCGCUUCCUAUCAGCUACUGGAACGUCCUCCACGAAAGGGUUGAUAUCAACAAGUGACUGAUUAGAUACGUGGCCUUUCGAUUGCUCUCCGUUUGAUCUCUUUAACUUCAAGCAUACCCACAGCGGUCUUUUGCAUAACCAGUUCAGCUACAUGCUAGCGCUUGCGCACUCCGUUUGGCACCACGCAGGUCCCGGGCAAAUUGCAAGUAUCCCUAGAUGGGUAAGGGAGAGCUUACCGCCCGUAGUAAAGACUGAGGAACAGUUCCUGUAUGUUUGUCAUCUAGUAGGUCCGUUCCUGCAGAGAUUCCACAUGGCUAUAAUGGAGUUAACCAAUGCACUCUACGAAUUGCUAGCUCAAGUCGACCAAGCGCAGACAGAUAUGAAAUAUAUGGAUCCUGUGUGUGAUUUGUUGUACCAUAUAAAGUAUAUGUUCGUAGGAGACAGUUUAAAGAAGGAAUUAGAGGCUGUGGUUAGAAAGUUGAGGCCGCAAUUGCAGCUUCGACUGAGAUUCAUUGCACAUCUGACGAUUGAAGAAGUAAAUGCAUCCUAAUACAAACUUAAACAUUUAGAUGUUCAGUGAAAACCUAGAAUUAUUAAAAAAUUCAACAUAUAUUUAAAAAUGGUUAUUUGCUGCUUCAGAUCUCUUUAACAGGAAUUUUAAAAUAUUUUUUUAUAUGAUAAAGACAUGUAUCUGAGUCUGGG